AUGUUGUUGACUAACGAAGAAUAUGAACAAGCUAAAAAUAGACUUCACGAUAUAACUUUAGCUAACCAGUUAACAGCAAAUAAACGAAAACAAUUACGUAAACGAAUUAAAGAUUAUGAAUAUUCAUUGAAAUAUUUACCAUUUGAACCCACAUAUUAUAUUAUUAAAUAUAUUAAUAAAACAACAGAAAUUCUCAAUUUAGAAAAAUAUAUAUUAGAUUCAAAAAAUGCCACUAGAUUUAUCAUAGAUACGGAAUCAACAAUCAAACCAUACCAUCCCAAUGAACCAACAUUAAUACAAAUAGAUUUUAAGACAAACUCAGUCAUCAAUAGUGUUGUUAGUGGAAGUACGCCACCUGCCAUAUCAAGAGUCACGAAAAUUUGA